UGUGUGACAGCUGCAAAAGAAGAAGGCCUGCCGACUACAAUAAGAUCAACCUCAAUGCAAAGCCUUUCAGUAUGACGUUGACGCUUUUAAAUGAUCCAACCUGUUUUGCAACAGAGUGAGAUUUUAAAAGUCCUUCCUGUUUGUUUGGAAUCUCAGUUGAACAGAUUCUGAGCUUCUGAAAGUCUUCAUACAGCUUAAGGUUAGAUUUUAUCCACAAAGACAACAUGAAGAUGAAAGGCUACAUUUUUCUUUUGAUACACCUUGCACAUUCUUCAGGACUCUCCAUCCCUGGCUUACAUGGAGAAAUAUUCGGGGUUGAAAACAACACAAAUGAAGAAGAUUUGACUCUUGACGACAUCCGGGAGCCUCCAAACUUUCAAAGGAGCACCCUUCUUCCUGGAGAUAAACUAUGGACAUCCCCAGUUCCAUAUGUCUUGGAUAAAGGCCUGGACUUGAAUGCUAAAGGAGUCAUCAUGAGAGCCUUUGAACAGUUCAGAGUGAAGUCAUGCAUUGAUUUCAAACCCUGGGAUUCUGAGGAAUACUACAUUAAGAUCCAGAAGUUAGACGGUUGCUGGUCAUAUAUUGGUCGAAAACUUGCCAAUGGCCAGGACCUCUCUAUUGGUGCAGGCUGUGACUCCAUUUCCACUGUUGAACAUGAGCUUCUUCAUGCUCUUGGUUUCUACCAUGAACAGUCUAGAUCUGACAGAGAUGAUUAUGUACGAAUUGAAUUCGCCAACAUCCUAGCAGGGAAAGAGGAUAAUUUCGUCAAGGCUAGGAGUAAUGAGAGCACUACAUAUGGAGUCCCAUAUGACUACAUGUCGGUGAUGCACUAUGGCAAAAAUGCAUUCUCAAAUGGCAAUGGCCCUACGAUUAUCACCAUCAACCCCAAAUUCCAAGAUGUGAUUGGUCAAAGGCUGGAAAUGAGUUCUAGUGAUGCUCUAGAGCUGAACCUCCGCUACAGCUGCAGCUCAACUGUUGCCUUUAAUUCUUACUGUGGCUUUUCGAAUGGAACGAUGUGCCAAAUGAGCCGCUGCUCACAGGGUGGGAUUAGCUGGGAAGUUGUUACUCAAGUUUAUGGAGGCCCCAGUUCUGACCAUACCAGUCUGCCUAGUGGAAAUGGAGAUAACGGUCAACAAACAGGGUACUUCAUCCAUGUGAGCACAACAUCAGGACAAGAGGGAGAUUCAGCUCGACUGGAAACGGAGGUAGUGAAGCCGACCAGGGCAUGUAAUGUCCAGUGUCUGCAGUUCUACUAUUUCCACAGCGGAAAUACGUUAGAUGAACUUAAUAUCUGGAUCAGAGAGUUUCAAAAUGAGCAGGACACCACAGGAACUCUUCGCCUUAUGGAACAAAUUACUGGUUCACCAACAUCUCACUGGAAGUUCCACCAUGUUUCCUUGAAUGCCACCAAGGACUUCCAGGUGGUGUUUGAGGUUCGGAAAGGAGCAGGAAACUCCACAGGAGGUUUCUCAAUUGAUGACAUCAAUCUCUCAGAGACAGAGUGUCCACACCUUGCCUGGCAAAUUGAUGACUUGGAGAUUCUUUUGAACACAAGCAGCCAUAUAGCCAUAAUUUACAGCCCACGACAAUUCUCCAAAGACGGCUAUGCUUACCGUGUAGCCACUAUUUAUUACCAAAAUUCUAUUUCAUUCUUCGUGCAGCUCUUGUCUAGUAAGAAUGAUAACCAGCUGCAAUAUCCUUGUCUGCAAAGACAUAUGAUUUUCCAGUUGAUGGAUCAAACCCCAAACAAGCAACUGCAAAUGUCCAAGCAAUACAGUUUUGUUUCUAAUGAAAAUCAAGUAUUUUCUAAUUCCUCUGUCUGGGACAAUCCCAGGAAGACUAGAUAUGGAUCAUUUAAUGAGAAUGGAGAACUAAUCUAUAAUGGGCCUCUCUUUGGGUACAACUAUUUUGUAACAUUAGAAGAACUGCAAUCCAGAGAGUUCCUCAAGGGAGGAAGUGCCAUUUUCAUGUUCAACUUUGAAGAUCUCACCCCACUAAUCGAUGGAACAACUUUACCAUGUCCUCAGUUAAGACCAGUGAACAUAGCAAAUCCUCCACCAAAUCGAAAUGAAAGUCCAUGCUCUGCACGAGUAUCCCCAAGCAUCAACCCACCUUCUACAACACCAGAAGACAGGACUUCAUCUACUGUCCAUCCGCCUCCCACUACAGUCAACAGAACCUGGUCCACCAUUAUUCUACCUAUCAUUCCACCAGCUCCUACAAUAACAGACAACAGGACUACAUCUACCAUCCAUCCACUUCCAACUACAGACAGUACUUCAUCUACUGUCCAUCCACCUCCCACUACAGACAACAGAAUCUCAUCCACCAUCAUUCCACCACUUGAUACAACAACAGAUGACAGGACUUCAUCUACCAUCCAUCCACCUCCCACUACAGACAAAAGGACUUCAUCUACCAUCCAUCCACCUCCCACUACAGACAACAGAAUCUCACCCAUCACCAUUCCAAAACCUGAUACAACAACAGAUGACAGAACCCCAUACACCAUCAUUCCACCACCGGAUUCGACGACCGACAACAGAAUCUCAACCACGACGAUUCCACCACCUACUACGACAGAUGACAGCAUUUUUUGCCUCUGUCCUGGUAUGGUGGCCUCUCCCAUCCUCACUGUCCUGCUGGCACUGAUCGUUCUGCUGUCAUGAUGUACGCCUCCCAAAUAAACCUUCUGUCUCUACAUAGGCAGCAAAAAUGAUUAGAAAUUUCUCCCAGUUAUGCAUUACCAGUUAUGACAGAGCAGGUUGACAUUUUGUCUGAAAAUUGUGAAUUCUUUGUUCAACAACAAACUGGGAAACACUGUAUUACCUUAGGAAAUCAGGCUAUAUAUACUGUACAUAUAAUGCCUGAACUUGUAGCUUCUAUCCAACCGUCUUUGGUGAGGGGACUUCAUUUUUACUGGAUAUAUGCAUGCAGAUUUUUGAAGAUUACUUCAAACAGCAAAAGCCUGUUUGAAGUAUGAUUUUGUUUUAUGACAACAGAUACACCUAUUCACAGCUCUUCAAUUUCUGAAUCAAAGUCAUAAUAUUCUGUUUGAAGAUUACAUCUUUUCACAAAUAUUUAACCACAUGCUAAUACAUUUAAACAUGGGUACUUGGUGGCUUAUUGGUAAAGGACAUAUUUUUAUUAGAUAUGUGUGAUCUUUUGCUUUGCAAAAGUUGAACAAUUAGUCGUAUGUCGUUUCUUUUUAUCAAAUACAUUUGAGAUGUUAUUUUCACUGCACACACACAAAAAAAAUCUAAUAAUUUCUUCACCAGAGUUGGUGAUGCUGCCACCAUCUUUGAGAUUAUGUAUUAUUUCAAAUAAUAACACAUUUUCCUUUGGGAUUUUGGUAGAUUUAACCAGACUUGGAUGUUUUAUUUGAAAAAUUCUCAAUAGUUCAUAUAUACGGAAAAACAGUGAAGUUAUGGUCAUAUGAACAUAACCAGCACAGGUCAGCUUCUUUGAACACUUUAUGCCUUGUCUAUUCACUGGUGUUAGAGAAAUAUAUACUUUUCUUUUCUGUUGGUAAAGUUUAUUUACAAA